AUGGUUGAAAAAAGUUCGAUUACUCGAAAAUUGAGUAAACGCGAUUUCGAUGAGAUAAAAUGGACAAACAUGAUUCCGGAAUGUCCGAUAUAUCAUCCAUCAGAACAAGAAUUUCAGAAUCCUUUAGUUUAUCUUCAGAAAAUCGCGCCCGAGGCUUCUAAAUAUGGUAUAUGCAAAAUUGUUUCACCAGUUACUGCUUCUAAUUCUGCUGAUUUUGUCAUAACGAAAGAGAAAAAGGACUUUAAGUUUGAAACAAUUGUACAGCCUCUUCGUCUUUCGAAAUGGAAUGAGAAGGAUAUGAUAACGUUUUCUAAGAGAGGAAGAAAAUAUACGUAUCGUGAAUUCGAGGCGCUGGCAAACAAGGCCUUUUCCAGUAGAUUUGGCAGUUUCAAAGAUAUUUCUUCUUCGAGUGUCGAAAAAGCGUUUUGGCACGAAAUGAUGCAUGGAGAGAAAAGAACUGUUGAGUAUGGAGUUAACAUUGAGGGUAGUGUCUUUUCAUGUGAUCCUGAUGAUAGGCUUGGAACAAGCAAAUUCAAUUUGAAGAAACUGGCGCGGCUACCGCAGUCUCCGUUGCGUUUAGUUGACAAAGGAAUUCCAGGAGUAACUGAUCCAAUGCUUUACAUUGGGAUGCUGUUCAGUAUGUUUGCAUGGCAUGUAGAAGAUCACUAUUUGUACAGUAUAAAUUAUCAUCACUCUGGUGGAAACAAAACUUGGUAUGGUGUUCCUAGUUAUGCAGCCUCUGAAUUUGAAAAGACUGUCUUGAAUCAUGUGUAUUGCAACAAAGUGUUGACAGAACAUGGAGAGAAUGGUGCAUUCCAAUUUAUAUCGCAUAAAACUACGAUGUUUCCUCCGAAUGUCUUGUUGAAAAACGAUGUUCCGGUUUAUAAGGCUCUGCAGAAGCCGGGAGAGUUUGUCGUCACCUUUCCUAAAUCAUAUCAUGCUGGAUUUAGUCAUGGCUUUAAUUGUGGAGAAGCUGUAAACUUUGCUAUUGGUGAUUGGUUUCCACUUGGUGCUGCGGCUAGCAAACGUUACGCACAUCUCAAGAUGCUACCGAUAAUUCCAUACGAAGAACUUCUUUGUAAAGAGGCAGUGCUUAUCUACAAGUCCUCAAAAGUCAGAAGUUCCAAGAAAAAACUUGAAGUGACACCGUCUUAUCGUGCUAUUGUACCGUCUUUCUUGCAUCUUAUGCAAUUUUACAAGACUUCGUUAUCGCGGUUGAACAGUUCAAGAAACGUGUCGAGCUCUUCUGAUACAUUAUUAACCUCUCUGACAUGCAGCAUCUGCCAUAGGGAUUGUUAUGUAGCUUACUUGUUGUGCAAGAAAUGCUAUUCUUACCCAAUUUGCCUUUUCCAUGAUGUUGUGCCACAAACUUGCUUAUGUGGGAGAAAAUAUUCUGUUUUUAAGAGGAAUCACAUGUUGGAAUUGGAACAUGCUGCCAAAAGUUUUCAGCAGAAUAAUAACUGGCAUGAAGAAAAAACUGCUAGAAGAGGUGUUAACUCUCUAGGGGCAGUAUCAAAACGGAAAAGACAAGUUGCGGAUAACAUUAAGCACAAUGGUGAAAGGAAGACAAAGAUUCGACGUAGAAACAAUGUGCCUCCAUCGGCGAUGAGUACUAAAAGACCACGAAUCGUUUAUAACUCAAAAAAAAACAUGAUUCUUAAAGUUCCUUAA